CUGGUAUUUUGGGACCAAUUGUCACACAUUUUGAAUGUUUUGCUUUGAAAUACAUGUGUUUUAAUUGCAAUUAAGUUUAUUGUUGUUAAUUGUAUUGAAUUGUCUGCCAUUUGAGGAGUGGUUUGCAUAAUGUAUGGGUCGGGCAGUGGAAGUGGUAGGAGAGGAGCGGUCGGGCGGACGCCUUACGACACUUCUCUGAGCUUUCGCUCCCAAUUGAAUCAAUUGGCGACAAAUCGGAGUCAAAGCAACCAAUCGUUUGACCAAUCGAUGAAUAAAUCAUAUUUAAAGUCAUAUAAUGUUUUGGGCGACACUUCCCUCAACUCAUCUGCCCAUCAAUUGAGUCAAUCAGUGCUAAUCAGUCAAACCGCUUACCACACACUCAAACCCUAUGUAUCUCUACUACCGGUGCUGGUCAUCGAAGCCAUCUCUUCAGAUGUGUUUUCGUUGGGAUCCCUGAGCGUGAAGAUGUCUCCUCAGGGGUGGGCAUGGCUUGUCUGCGGGCGCCGACUCUUUGUCUGGAAGUAUAAACAAACAGAUUUGGGCCGAAGCUGUUGUUGUUAUGAACUCCAAUUACCACCGAGUGAUUUGUCACAUAAAGCAGAUCUCGUUUGCGUUUUAGACAAUAGCCAAAAAUCACAAGCAGUUCCCUCGACAAUAGCCGUCACUCCCGAAGGAAUUGUUAGGUUUUGGCCAAACAUUGCAUAUGAAGGGCACUCAAUAGAGACGAUUGCGAGCGAUCUUCAGGGCCAGGAAUGUGCUUCGCUUACAGAUAUCCAGCCUUUUGGCUGUAUAUUAGGGACGACAACGAGCUCUUUAGUGCACAUAACCGUGAAUAACAUUGAGGGCCAAAACACGAUCGUUUGCCGUACUCUGAAAGCACCGCAAGGAGUGUUGGCUGGCUUUGGCCGCAGAGUCACAUCCCUAUUGUUUGGCUCAAUGCCUGCCACUCAGUCAUCGGAGACGAAACAGUUGUUUAAAGUGGUUCGAAGUAAUUCAUCAAAUGUUUCGGAUGAGGUCUAUAUAUGGGUUCUCUCGAGUGUUUCCGCUCAAAAGUGGCUAAUAAUUGAUGAACACUCUGAACGACUAAUUGAAGACAUGGAUUUGGAGAGACCCGUCAAAGACGCCUUUCUCGACAAAGUUUGGAAUCGAGAGACCACUCAUCCAAACCAAUUGAAGAUAUGGCUCAUUGACAUUGGCUUUACUAAGACUAAUGAAAUGGUUUUAUUAGUGGCCGGACUUAACGUCGACGUCUCGAACCAACUUUAUUACGCUGUCCUCACGUUUAGCGACCUUCAGGCCAGACCUGAGGCCAACAUAUCGUUCAACUCAUUCACUGUAUUGCGAAACCACACCGUCUGCUAUACCGAGGAGGACGAGGAACAGCUUCUUAAUCUACACUUACUUUCCGGAACUAUCAAUAGCCAAAUGGUUUACAUCUACAACACGUCACAAGUUUUGUGCCUUAAAUUCGGAAGCGAUGAAAUCGAUUUAAUUGAUUUCAAUUCUCGAGACGAUGGUAUACUUGGCGCUGGUAUUUGUGAUGGAUUUCCCCUACUAUUCACACAUAAAGACGCUCUCAUAUCGAUUAUUCCUCACAAACAAGAUAUAAGUGAUAUAAUGGAUGUUCAGACUAUUGAUGAGGAUAUUCUCCAAACCGACGAUAAACUAAAAGCUUUUAAAAAAGCUUUUGUAUUGUUCUCGAAAGGAGAUCGAGCGCGAAGUCAAUACUUAGUGAGAGAGCUCUUCCCUACCAUCACGGCUGCCGUCGACAGCGAAAAGAUUGACGACAUUGUAGUCUCGCUCAGCGCUAACCUAUGCGACGAAAUCCCGCAUUCGGACCCGCGUUGGGCCGAAUCUGCCGGCACUCACAACACCCCUAACAUCGCAAGUCUGACCGCUUCUGUCAUUAUUGCCAAUCAAAUUGAAGAGAAGCUAAACAAUCACAGAAUGCUUAUUGAAUUCUUAAAAACAUGCGGUCUAUGGGAACGACUGUCAACAGUGACUCAGUCAACAGCGAAGGGCUCAACCGCUGUUCAAACGAAAAUGAUUCUCAGCGAACACAUAGAGAAACUGAUUGCAUGUCUCGCUCUCAGGAGACUUCAUAACGAUUACAACAACAUAUUGGAAACGGCUAUCAAAAUAGUAUUAUUACAAAGGAAUGUCACUUUACAGACACGGCUCACACCACAAGACAUGUUCUAUAGGCAAACCACUCGAAUCGAAGAACUUAUUACUGCUCUCAUUGAAUACGAAACCCAACAGAUCGACACAAAUGCCGUUUCUUCUCGAGAUUUACUUAAUUGUCUCCUUUCAGUCAGUAAUAUAUUUAUUACUGUAUUGCAAGAGGUCUGUCAUUUCCGUCAAACCCAGGGAUCAUUAUACGAAUGGUCUGCCCUUUCAAAGUGUGAAUACAAUCCCUGGACAUCAUCUGUGGGUUUGAACGGAAUGAGAGCCUCUCUAUUGAAACAAUUUGACUUUUUGGUUAACUAUGGCAUUGAAUCGACAAAUUUGACGGCCAUUGACGAAGACAUUCAAUUGAAAGGCGCUAUUUGUCAGAAAAUGGUUGAUUUGUCGGAUAUAAUACUUGACGGCUUUGUUUGUCAAAUGAGAUCCAUUGACAAUAGAGACAGAUAUCAGGCGAUUGAGAGAAACUUUGAGUCGUGUCGAAGCAAAUGCAUUGAGCCCUUACUGAGAGCCAAACAGUACGAUAGGGCGGCAGCGCUGGCAGAAAAGUACGACCACUUCGACGCUCUCAUACAGAUAUGCGAACAAUUGAAUGACAGCGAAAGACUUCGUCGAUAUAUCGCUGACUUCGCUAACAAAGGAUUCACUGAAUAUUUAUUCAAAUGGUAUCUAAAAGAAGGAAAACAGGGAAAGAUGUUAACAAUGAGUGCGAGUCUCAACACACUGACCAACUUUCUUGAGAAUCACCAGCAGCUGAAUUGGUUGCAUCAAAUCCAUUUGGAUCAGUUCAUGCCGGCCUCCAACACACUCAAUAUACUUGCAAAUCAAGAACACAAUCACUUGAGCCGUAAGAAAACACUGUUAAGUUUGAGUAAACUGUCAGCACUGGCUGCCGGACACUCCCCUCCCUCUGACAUCGACUCUCAACUGGAGCUCAUUCUAUACCAGGAAAGCCUAUCGCCUGAAAUUAUGGUCAAAUCUAAUUUGGAUUUUAAUUCAAUGCCCGUAUUGUCGGCACAAAAACUUAUCCAACUCUAUAUGAGUGAAACCAAUCCAGAGUCCGAUGCAAUCAAUUUGAAGAGAGCCUUAGACUUAACCGAAUUCAUCGCCGAUACCAAUGAAAGCAGAGAAAUGGUUACAAACAUUCUGUGCACUGCAAUCAGUAGAGACAGUUGGGAACAUUUAGAUUCAGACAAACCAUUAGAAGCCGUAAAGAAUACGCUAUUCUACCAAAUCAUUGAACAGUAUUUAAUUGAAGGCAAUGUUUCAGACGAUGUAAAACUGCCGCCUUUUAAUGAUAUCGUCAGAUGUCUGAAAGUGGAACAUAAGGAGAGGACCUCCUUCUUCAUUCAAGCCGUUUACGAACACUUAAACAUUUCUCAUUAAAAUAAUCGAUUAUUUGCUUUUUUAGUUCGCUUUCUUUUAUUAUAUAAUUAAUUAUUUGUAAUCAAUAUAUAUUUUUCUAUUUGAUUAAAACAACACUCUUAUGAUUCACUGAGACUUAUACACAGAGCGUAUGGAUUACUUUACAAUCAAAUUUGUUAAUUGAAUAAACGUUCGCCCAAAAUAUGUUCAUUUAUUUUA